ACACGAAACUUGCUUAGAUGUCAGGACACAAAGGGACUUAUCCAGCUUACCUUUCUUUAUGAGGUUUAAAUCCUUUUUCUUUAUUCCAUGGUAGAUCAGCAGGCUAAGGAUUACAAAAAUUACGCCAUGCCAGAAUACAGGAGCUGGAUCAUCUUCAUUUUUCCAAGACGAUAAAUACACCUCUCGUCCUGUUACAAAUUUGGUGCAUUGAAGACAAGAACAUGAACAUAAAUAUAAUCAAAUCUGCCACGCAAUUUUGCUGUCUAAACUGAUUGACCAGCAAAAAAUGAAGUCUUGGUCGUCUCUCAGACAAUGUUACUGUAAAGAAUACCACACAAAGAGAUUGAAUAUGUUAAAUUCUUUUUAUUAAUUUUGAAGAAAGAAUGCAGUGCAACAAAAGGUAAAUAUAACUAUCAUGGAUAUAACAAUAUUGCAAUUUAUUCUACUUCUCUUGUAUUUUGUGUUUCUUCACUAUGUUAGUGGUCAAGGAGAUACUAUGACUACAACUCAAUUCAUUAAACAUGGUGAUACUAUUGUUUCGUCUCGUGGAACGUUCGAGUUAGGAUUCUUCAGUCGUGGAGAGACUUCUACAAAUCACUAUGUUGGAAUAUGGUACAAGAAAACCUCUGCUACUACUCCUGUUUGGGUUGCCAAUAGACUAGCUCCUAUCACUAAUAAAUAUGGGGUGUUGAAAGUUAUUCAGCCAGGUCUGAUUGUACUUGUGGAUGAUACUAAUGCAAUUGUUUGGUCCACGAAUUCAUCGAAGUCUGUGCAGAAUCCUGUUGCUCAGUUGUUGGACACGGGGAAUUUUGUGGUGAGAGAUGCUAAUGAUCCGAAUCCAGAGAAUUUCCUCUGGCAAAGUUUUGACUAUCCUAGUGAUACGUUGUUGGAAGGUAUGAAACUUGGGACGGACUUGGUGACUGGAUUAGAAAGGUAUCUUACUUCUUGGAGAAGUAGUGAUGAUCCUGCUCCAGGGGAUUAUACUUAUCAUUGUGAUCCUACAGGUUAUCCACAAAACCUUAUGCGAAAAGGGGGUAAUGUGACGUUUAGAGCAGGGCCGUGGAAUGGUAUCAGGUGGAGUGGUGCACCGAAUCUGGUGAACAACUCUAUCAUUUCUUUUGGCGUGGUUAUAAAUAGUAGGGAAAUUUACUACAAGUAUGAGAUGGUGAACAAAUCAGUUAUUUCAACAUUUGUUUUAGAGCCUUAUGGGAAAGCUAUGCGUAUCAUUUGGAUUGGAAAGGCUCGGGGAUGGGUAAAUUACCACUCUGCAGUUGUGGAUGACUGUGAUACCUACAAAUUAUGUGGUGCAUAUGGGACUUGCAACAUUUUGAGUGAUCCUUUUUGUCGAUGUUUAGAUAAAUUCGAGCCAAAACAUCCUGAUGAUUGGGAAAGAUCUGACUGGUCUAGUGGUUGUGUCCGGAAGAUCCCACUGAACUGCACAGGAGAUGGAUUUAUUAAGUAUUCUGGUGUUAAACUGCCUGAUACGCGAAAUUCUUGGUUCAAUGAGACAAUGACACUGGAUGAAUGUAGGGUAGUUUGCUUGAGAAAUUGUUCGUGCAUGGCUUACACAAAUCUGGACAUACGCAAUGGAGGAAGUGGGUGUUUGCUAUGGACUUUGGAGCUGGUUGACAUCAGACAGCUAUCUGCAUCAGGACAGGAUAUCUACAUUAGGAUGUCUUCUUCAGAGAUAGGUUCUGCCGGAUCAACAAGAAAGAUAACUGUUAUACUUGCAAUUGCUUUGCCACUAUUGGUUGCAUUGAUUCUGCUCGGUUUAGGUUUAGGCCUGAUUCUUUGUAAACGUAAAAGGAGAGAGGAUCCGGUGCUUACAACAACAGGGAUAUUAGGUGGUCACAGCAACAAGAAUGAUAACAGUAAUCAAAUUCACCAGGAAAAUUUUGAGCUUCCGCUUUUUGACUUAUUAACGUUAACCAAUGCUACCAACAACUUUUCAUUGGCGAAUAAGAUUGGAGAGGGUGGCUUUGGACAAGUUUACAAGGUAGAAACAUUCCUCAGACCCCAAGGUGUAUUAGAAGGUGGACAAGAAGUAGCAGUGAAGCGACUUUCAGAAACAUCAGAGCAAGGACUUCACGAGUUCAAGAAUGAAGUUAAGUGCAUUGCAAAACUUCAGCAUCGAAAUCUUGUAAAGCUUCUAGGAUGCUGCAUCCAAGGAGAAGAAAAGAUGUUGGUGUAUGAGUACUUGCCAAACAAAAGCCUGGAAUUAUAUAUAUUUGAUGAAGAAAGGAGAGCAUUACUUGAUUGGCCUAAGCGCUUCAAUAUUAUCAAUGGAAUUGCUCGAGGACUGAUGUAUCUUCAUCAAGAUUCUAGGCUCAGAAUCAUCCACAGAGACUUGAAAGCUAGCAACGUCUUACUUGAUAUUGAAAUGAAUCCAAAAAUAUCAGAUUUUGGGAUGGCUAGAAGUUUCAGGGGAGAUGAAACAGGAGCCAAUACACGCCGUGUUGUUGGAACAUAUGGUUACAUGUCCCCGGAAUAUGCAGUCGAGGGGAUAUUCUCAGUGAAAUCAGAUGUCUUUAGCUUUGGGGUACUAAUACUAGAGAUUGUGAGUGGAAAGAAGAAUCGACGAUUUGUUCAUCCAGACCACCACCUCAACCUUCUUGGACAUGCAUGGAUGCUUCAUAAUGAAGAACGGACGUUGGAACUAGUAGUUCCAUAUCUCGUAGACUCAUACUAUAUAUCAGAAGUACUAAGAUCAGUCCAUGUGGGAUUGUUAUGUGUUCAACAGAAUCCAGAGGACAGGCCAAACAUGUCAACUGUGAUUAUGAUGCUGAGCAAUGAAGGCAUUUUGCCACUGCCUAAACAUCCCGGUUUCUUCACUGAAAGGAAAGUUAAAGAUAUUGAUCAAUUUUCUUGGAGUACACAAACACCAAGUUCUAUAAAUGAAGUUACCAUCACGCAGUUGAAUGCUCGAUAGAAGCAUGUCCACUGACCAGAGUCAGGAUUUUCACCAAGGGUUUCAAAAUAUGAAAGAAGUAACACACGAAGUCAAGACGAUUCAAUAAGUACUAUAUAUACAUAAACAAUUAAUUGUAGACUUGUAAUUUUUUGGCGAAAAGGGUUUGGAUGAAGCCCUUGCAUCAACUUGGCUCCAUCCUUGUUGAUUGUGAGUGUCAUCAUUUCUCAGGAUUGUAUUAAAAUCCUCCCAUUUUUUUCUUUGAGAAAUUAGAAAGCAAAAUCUGCAGGAAGUGUAUUGAAUUAUGUCUAAAUUUUAAGGCCUUAAAUUCAAUUUAAGAAUAGAUUGAACUA